AUGCAGUCUGGGGCCGGGCAUGAAGAGGGUCGGCUGACGGCCGUCUGCGUGGCGGGUGCACUUCAGAGAGGUGACCUCGCUUUUCAAGCGACUGGCUGGGACUCCUUGCAAGGCUUGCAUGACGUGUUGCUUCUGCAGCUCCUGGACCGUUUUGUCCUGGAUCCGCUGGACGCUGAUUCCUUCUUCUUCCUGUCGAAGCAUCCCGGCUACGAGCCCUCCAAGGCCUUCGAGGACUACAUGUCCUCCUCCCCUCGGCUUCGAGCUUUCCAGACCGACAACCAGACGGGCAACGCAGGUUGGCUCGCGCAGCUUCGCAAGGGCCACCUGGAGAACCGGUCCUAUCUGCCGUACCUCCUGCAAGGGCGCGGGGUGCGGGGGAGGCCCUUCAUGAACCAGCCGAUGAAUCGCCAGUGGGCCCAAUGUGUGGAUGCCCUUGACAAAGUUGAAGGCGAGAGGGGCUUCCAGUACAAGUUCGUGGCCUUCACCCGCACGGAUCAUGUGUGGAAGGCCGCGCACCCCGGCGUGGAGUUGCUGGAAGCCAGCAGGUGUCCAGAGCGCACGACAGUCUGGUGCCUGGACACCAAUGAGUAUUCUGGGAUAAAUGACCGAUACUUCAUCAUGGAGAGGCCCGGGGCAAGAGUGAUCCAGGGUUUUGUGGAUACCUUAAACUCCUGGGCCUUGCUUGAGGAAGUAAACGGUUAUGCGAGACUUCGGACAUCCUCCUCCGCCUCAGCGCCAUUGAAUUACGAGCGUUUUCUGCUCCAAGCUCUGCUGCAUGCUGGCCUGUGUCUCCGCUACAUGACCUCUGUCUCGGGGCAUGCUGUGUGGCCGGAGAGGCUGUCCUUUGCCUUUGCCGAAGUGUGGCAUCAGGGAGGCACCUGGGAGGUGAAGAGGGAACCCUACUUGCGCGUGGCGCACUGCAGAUACGUGCCAGCGCACUGCUGCCGCCCGGACACGCUGGAGUUUGGAGGGGACCUCUGGUGUCGGCAUGGGUUGUGGCGACGUCACGGGCGAUGUCGCCGGCAGCGAGGUCGGCUCGGCCUCCCGAGCUACCCCGGAGGCUAUGUGUACGAGCGCGAGCGCAUCGUGGACACGCACUGCAGUGGGGCCGAGAACUUCGUGAGGACGUGCUGCCAGGAGCCGCACGUCAGCAUCACGCUGAGACCUUCCGAGCAGCAGCUCCGUGACUGGCCUCUUUGA